UUUCAAGAAAAUUCUCGCUAGUCUUAGAAAAGCUACGACAAUGUGCUUCACACCGCAAGUUUUUAUCGGAAACAAAAAUACAAACACUACCCUGAGACAGAUUCUCACUUUGCUGAGACGCUAUUCUUGAGAAUGUGCUGCCAUGUGAAGACAUUCCCCUCUUUCUCCAAAUUAACUUCUUAAUCAGAAAAUAUACAUUCACUCAUAAACAACAACAACUCAAGGAUUUCAUCUCUUUCUCUGCAACAAAUGUCUAGGCAGUCUUUCAAAGUCUGCUUCUGUUUCAGGAGAAUAUUCAAACUCAGGGUGCUUGAGCCUCCUGAAGAAGUCAAGAUCCUUUUUGACCAAUACUCGCAGAAUGGAACCAUGUCUCUUGAUAAUCUACGUGGUUUCUUGGUUGAGUUUCAAGGAGAGUACAAUGCCACCAGGGAUGAUGCUCAGGCUAUCUUCAAUAGUCUGAAGCAUCUCAACAUCUUCUCAAGAAGGGGCCUCCAUCUUGAAGCCUUCUUCCGAUAUCUUCUUGGAGACCUUAACGGACCUCUCUCUCCAUCUAGGGUGCAUCAUGACAUGACUCAACCACUGGCUCAUUAUUUCCUGUACACUGGCCAUAACUCCUACUUGACUGGAAAUCAACUAAGCAGCGAUAGCAGUGUUGAACCUAUUAUAAAGGCUUUGAGGAGAGGUGUCAGGGUAAUUGAACUAGAUUUGUGGCCAGGUUCCAAGCAAGACGAGGUGGAGGUUCGCCAUGGAGGGACACUCACUAAUCCAGUGGACCUCCUCAAAUGCUUGAAUGCCAUCAAGGACAACGCUUUUCAGGCAUCUGAAUAUCCAGUUGUGAUAACCUUUGAAGACCACCUACCUGCAAAUCUUCAGGAUCAGGUUGCAGAGAUGGUCACUAAAACAUUUGGAGACAUGCUGUACCGUCCCGAGACAGAUCAAUUACGGGAAUUUCCAUCACCAGAGUCAUUGAAGAAAAAGGUUAUGAUUUCAACUAAACCACCAAAAGAGUAUCUUGAAACUCCAAGCAGUAAGUCUACCAAAAGGUCAAAAAUAUCAUCAAAGAAAGAACAAUGGAAUGGUGAGACAGCUUCCAAAAGUGAUAGCGAAAUUUGUGAUAAGGAUGAGGAAGACGAGGGAGAAAGUCUUCAAGAAGAAGAUGAGCAGAUGACAGUUCCUGAAUACAGGCAUUUAAUUUCCAUUAACGCAGGUAAGCCGAAAGGUGCAUUACAAAACUGGCUCAGCAUAGAUGAGAAAAAAGUAAGACGUCUAAGCCUGAGUGAACAAGAACUUGAAAAUGCUACGAGAAGACAUGGAGCUGACAUUAUCAGGUUCACACAGCGUAAUUUGCUGAGAGUGUACCCCAAAGGUACACGCAUUACUUCUUCUAAUUACAAUCCUUUUGUUGGGUGGGCGCAUGGAGCUCAAAUGGUUGCAUUUAAUAUGCAGGGCUAUGGGAAGCACCUGUGGGUUAUGCAAGGGAUGUUUAAAGCCAAUGGAGGCUGUGGUUAUGUAAAAAAACCUGAUUUUUUAUUGAGUAACGAGGUUUUCGAUCCUAGUGUGCGAUUACCGGUUAAGAAAAUUCUGAAGGUGACAAUUUACAUGGGGGAAGGUUGGGAUUUGGAUUUUCGGCGCACGCAUUUUGAUAUGUAUUCUCCACCAGACUUCUUUGUAAAAGUUGGAAUUGCGGGAGUCCCUGCGGAUAAAGCUAUGUAUAAAACAAAAGCAAUUGAAGAUGACUGGCAACCAGUGUGGAAUGAGAAAUUUGAGUUCAAACUUACUGUUCCUGAAUUGGCUGUGCUUAGAAUUACAGUCCUCGAGUACGACACGUCUGGACAGCAUGACUUUGGAGGCCAGACAUGUUUACCUAUAUCAGAGCUGAGAACUGGGAUUCGAGCAAUUCCAUUACAUGAUCGUAGAGGAGAUAAGUACAAGAACACAAAACUUCUCGUGCAAUUUGAACUUAAUUGAUCAUACAGCAUGCACCAGUACACCAAUCAGAUUUUACAAUGCUGUUGACAUGUAUUGUUUACCUAUCAUUUUAUUGCAGAUUCUACUCCUAUUAUGUAUUGCAAAGUUUUUACUGGAAAACAUUGCAAACUCUGAUAUUAAGAAAACACAUCUGAUUUUAUGUGAAAGCAAAAUCAUGAA